GCAGCAGCAGCGCAGAUGGGCGGGGUUUGAAAGUGCACAAGGAAGAAGAAAUCAUUCCAUUCAAGCUUUAAUUUUUGUUUCUCGGCGUCGGUUUCAUUGCAUACUCGAUUACUUUGAUGUUUGCUGGUGUGCGUUUUGUUGCUGGUGUUGGAGUAGCGAGGCACGCCCUGUGGCAGUGGGAAAUGUGCGAGCCUGCUAAGGCUAGUAGCUCCUGAGGAGGGAGUGUGUGUUUGUUUGUGCAGAGAGGAGCGAAGGCCGGUAUCGCAAAAAAGUGUCGAUGCCUUGGCAAAGAUGAGCGUAAAGGCGUUUGAGCUAGUCAACGCUGUGGAGCGAGAUCUCCUGAUGGGUGACAAGGCUCGCAUCAACAUCGAGUGUAUUGAAUGCUGUGGAAAGCACCUGUAUGUGGGCACCAAUGACUGCUUCAUCCACCACUUCCUGCUGGAUGAGAUUACGUCCUCUAAAGGGAAACUGACCUACUCUCCUCAGAAGCUGCUACACAAAUACCUUGGUCUGAAAAAACCUGUUUCUGAGUUUAGGGCUGCUUCUGCUUUGGAGCGUCUGAUAGUUCUGUGCGAUGCAAUCGUAUUCCUUGUUGACAUGGUGACUUUGGAGACUGUGCCCUCUGCGGCAGGGGGCGGAGCAAAGAUCAGAGGAGUGACAGCGUUCUGCUUGAAUGAGAAUCCUGUCAACGGUGACCCUUUCUGUGUGGAAAUAGGUGUACUCUCCUCCAAGAGGCGGACGGUGCAGAUUUAUAUGGUGUAUGAGGAUCGGGUGCAGGUGGUCAAAGAGGUGACCACACCCGAGCAACCUUGUGCAGUCAGUCUUGAUGGUUACUUCUUGUGCCUGGCUCUUGCCACACAGUACAUGAUCCUGAACUACAACACUGGGGCCUCUCAGGAUCUUUUUCCUCACAACAAUGAGGAGAGAAGGCCCAUUGUGAAGAGGAUUGGCAGGGAGGAGUUCCUCUUGGCAGCACCUGGGGGUCUCGGAAUGUUUGCCAAUGCAGAGGGUGUUUCUCAUCGAGCUCCAGUCAGGUGGUCGGAAAGUGUGAUCGGUGCCACUGUCUGCUUUCCGUAUGUUGUUGCACUGGAUGAGAGUUUCAUCACCGUCCACAGCAUGCUGGAUCAACAGCUGAAACAAACUCUUUCAUUCAGGGAUGGGCACAUUCUCCAGGAUUUUGAAGGGAAGGUCAUUCUGGCGUCCAGUAAGGCUGUGUAUGUUCUGGUACCUCUGCCACUGGAGCGGCAGAUCCAGGACUUGCUGGCCAGCCACAGAGUAGAAGAGGCGCUCAUUCUUACCGAGGGAGCGCAGAGAAAUAUUCCUAAAGAUAAGUUCCAGAUUUUUCACAGAAGAAUACUCCAGCAGGCAGGUUUCAUACAGUUUGGCCAGUUUCAGUUUCUGGAAGCAAAAGAGCACUUCAGGAGAGGUCAGCUGGAUGUGCGGGAGCUGAUAUCCCUCUACCCAUUAUUGCUUCCGGCUUCUUCUUCAUUCACUCGCUGCCACCCUCCUCUCCAUGAGUUUGCAGAUCUCAACCACCUAGCACAAGGUGAUCAGGAGAAAGUGCUACGAUGCAAGAAAUUCCUCAUCACGUAUUUGGGAGAGGUCCGCAGCACAGAGGUAGCUAACGGCUGCAGAGAGGAUGUCGACACCGCACUGUUAAAACUGUAUGCUGAACAGGAUCAUGACAGUCUUCUGGACCUGCUAGCUUCAGACAAUGCCUGUGUACUAGCAGAUAGCAUCCCCUGGCUGGAGAAACAUCACAAAUAUUUUGCACUCGGGCUGCUUUACCAUUACCAUGGCCAGGACUUGGCUGCACUCCAGUUGUGGAGUCGGGUGGCAGACGGCGAUCUCCAGGACCCAACACGAUCUGAUCUAUUUGAAUACGUUGUCGACUUCCUUUGCUCUUGCUCUAACAUGGACCUCGUGUGGAAGUAUGCAGACUGGGCCUUGCAGAGAGAUCCCACCAUAGGUGUCCACAUCUUUAUUAAGAGGCCUUCCAGUAAAGAUCAUUCAAAUGAAUUAAACCCUGAUGAUGUAAUCGCUUACCUGGGAAAGCACAACUUGGCACUGCUUCUCUACUUAGAACACCUGGUACUGGAGAGACAUAUUCAGAAGGAGAAGUUCCACACACACCUGGCUGUGUUGUACCUGGAGAGGGUCUUAUCGUUAAUCUCAGAGUCUCCAGCAGAUGAAGAGCAGCUGACCAAAGCCAGAGAGAGACUCCGGGCUUUUCUCAGGGAGUCCGACCUUUACCGUGUUCAGUUUCUCUUGGGAAAAUUGGAGAAGCGUGAAGACCUGCUGCUAGAGCGUGCCACAGUACAUGGAAAACUGGAGGAACACGAUAAAGCACUGCACAUAUUGGUGCACAAGCUGAAAGACUUUCCUUGUGCUGAAGCAUACUGCAUAUGGGUUUCUUCCUGUCGGGAUUCUGCAUACAGACAACAAAUAUUUCACCUUCUUUUAGGGGUGUAUCUAGACAGGAAUCCGGCUGAAACAUCUCACAAAGUAGCGAGUGGAGGCGCAGACCUGGAUAUGGCAGCGGUGGACCUCCUGAAUCAUAAUGGUGAAGUUUUUGAUGCAGUCCGCGUACUGCGCAUGCUCCCUGAGAACUGGUCACUGCAGCUUGUACGACCUUUUCUGGCUCGUGCCGUUAGAGCCAGUAUGCACGCCUGCCGCACCUCCCAGCUAGCUGUGGGACUCGCACGGUCUGAAAAUUUUCAGCUGCUGCAUGACAGGUUGAAAGAGCGGAAAAAGCCCAUCUUUGUGUCUGAAAAGAAGGGAUGCCACCUGUGCCAUAACACUUUCAGUGGGCCUGAUGUGGUGUGUCUGCCAGGGGGCGUGCCCGUCCACACUCACUGUGCGGCCCAGAGAGUAAGAGACUCUUCCACAAAGAGACUGUUGAAUAAUACCAGUAAUCAUACAUGACACUCGACCCUUUAAGAUGUCAUGUAAUGUCUGACUGAGGAUGAGAGGUAAAUAACAAGCACAGAACAUCCUUUGUCAAAGUUGAAUCUACUUUGAAAGUUGAAUGUAAAUAAAGAUGUCAGUAAGAGAGAAAAGGAUGAAAAGAUUACAGCUGCUUGUUCCAGUGCAGUAGCUGUAUCAGAUGUUAAAACAGUGGAAAGAAACAGACAAGGUUUCAUCUUCAGUCCCCUUUAAACAGAGCGUUAAUUAUAUAUUUGGCUCUGAGCGUCUCUGUUGGUUCUCUGCUUUAACUGUGUCAUUGUUUGUACUGUUUAAAAAGCUUGAUUUAACAAACUGCCUUGACUACCGUACAUACAGAAACAUGAAUCCCAUUGCAACUAUUACUACAGCAUGAAUAGUCUUAUCACUGUUAUGUGGUUCUGAUUAAAUGAGGUUGUACUAAUUUGCA